CCAUAUUCGCGACACAGUACCAAACUAACUACACGUCGUCCUCUCUUUACUAUUACACACAAUAACAAUAUGUCUAGUGAGGAAGAGGCUUCUGCAACAGGGUCUACGCGAGAGUUAAUGACGUUGUUCUGGAGAGGGCAUUCCAAGGAGGCAAACCUCCAAGAAAUGUUCCUGGAUAACGAGGCAGACCACUUGGCUGUUACAGAGACGCCGGAGAUACUGGCUAUGCUGCCUAACUAUAAAGACAAGGACGUGGUAGAGCUUGGAGCUGGAAUUGGGCGUUUUACAACAUCACUUGCUAAAUCUUCCAAGAGUGUCGUAGCUGUUGAUUUCAUCCAAAACUUUGUUGAAAAGAAUCGAGAGACAAAUGGGCAUUAUGGCAACACGACUUUCACAUGUGCUGACGUCACUCAGCUGGAUCUGCCUUCUUCCAGUGCUGACGUCAUUUUCUCAAAUUGGCUUCUGAUGUAUUUGUCCGAUGAGGAAAUUGUCACCCUUACUAGGAAAGUGUUGUCAUGGUUAAGGGAUGAUGGCUACUUCUUUUUUCGGGAGUCGUGCCACCACAGUUCCGGCACCAAGCCAUUGGUGGACGAUUUCAACCCCACCGUGUAUCGCAGUCCUGCGGACUACUCUUGUCUGCUGCAGUCUGUGACGUCACAGGCAGACGAUGGUGAACCGUUUACAUUCAAAUUGGUUUAUUCAACGAAUGUCCAAACAUAUGCAAAAAUGAAACAUAAUGAAAACCAGAUAUGUUGGCUGUUCAAGAAAACGCGCAGAAAUAAGGACGACAUACACAGUUAAAAGACACCCAGCUGCACAUACGUACAUAAAGAUAGGCCUACAUACAGUAUUAUCACGGGAGGUGCAGUUAUGCAUGUAUAUAUUCUUUUUUGUAUGAUGGAGAGUGGAGAGAUCAAGUGUGGAGACGCCACUGUACAGAUAAAUGAGGCACUCAAUUUGGACAAUUUUAACUUAUUUAUAGCGUGCCCAAAAUUGCAUUAUCUAAUUUCGCAUACUUCACUGUGGACAGAGGUGAAGUAAGGUGUAUUUUACAGUAUUGUCGUCUGACUUAUCGGCUUGGUAUUUUUCAACACCCAGGCUCAUAUUAUAAGCUAUUAAAAACGUGUUCAUAAUUUAUAUGCUAGGCCAACUCAGAGUUUAAAUUUACAUUUUUUUUGUACUUUUUUUGCCAUUCAUCUUUGGCUGGUGUUUGUGGACAAAUAAGCAUUCAUUUCAUGUGGAAAUAGUUUAUUUAUGAACAAUGCUCUGUUGAAUUGGAUCAAACUAUUAAAGCAAUAUCUUUUA